CUCACCAUGGCAAACUACAGAGGCAAAAACGACAACUUCUUUAACAAAACCUUGUCAUUUUUUCUUGCCAUUUUCCUAUUUUGCACGUCGUUUCGAGCAAUCAAAGUCGGAGCUCGACAGUCGUUUGCGUGUGACCCCCAAAACAAAUUGACGAAUGAGCUGACCUUCUGUAAAACAACAUUGCCUAUUGAUGUGAGAGUGAAGGACUUGGUCGGACGGCUGACAUUGGAAGAGAAGAUCAAGUUGUUGGUGAAUACCGCUACAGAGGUGCCUCGGCUUGGGAUUCAGGCAUCCGAGUGGUGGUCGGAGGCCCUUCAUGGGGUGGCAAAUACUGGUCCCGGGACUAAGUUUGGUGGGGCCUUCCCUGGGGCCACUAGCUUCCCCCAAGUCAUUACUACUGCUGCUUCUUUCAAUGAGUCAUUAUGGCAAGAAAUUGGGCGAGUUGUGUCUGAUGAAGCAAGAGCAAUGUAUAAUGGAGGACAGGCUGGACUGACAUAUUGGAGCCCAAAUGUAAACAUACUGAGAGACCCUCGGUGGGGACGAAGCCAAGAAACUCCUGGGGAAGACCCCAUCUUGUCUGGAAAGUAUGCGGCCAACUAUGUCAAAGGACUCCAAGGCAAUGGAGAAGGAAAUCGCCUGAAGGUUGCUGCUUGCUGCAAGCACUACACGGCUUAUGAUCUUGACAAUUGGAAUGGUGUGGACCGCUACCAUUACAAUGCAAAGGUUAGCCAGCAGGAUCUCGAAGAAACUUAUAACGUACCAUUCAAAUCUUGUGUGUUGGAAGGAAAUGUUGCAAGUGUGAUGUGCUCCUACAAUCAAGUCAAUGGAAUACCCACUUGUGCUAACCCUAAUAUCUUAAAAGACAUAAUUAGAGGUCAAUGGAACCUCAAUGGGUACAUUGUUUCAGACUGUGAUUCGGUGGGUGUCUUAUAUGAUAGCCAACAUUAUACCAAGACACGAGAAGAAGCAGCAGCUAUUACAAUUAAAGCAGGAUUGGAUUUGGAUUGUGGCCCAUUUCUUAAAGACCACACGCAAGGAGCUGUGAAUAGAAGUUUAGUAAGCGAGAUUGACAUCAACAAUGCCCUUACUAACACAAUCAAGGUCCAGAUGAGAUUAGGCAUGUUUGAUGGUGAACCAUCAUCUCAGCCAUUCGGUAAAUUAGGCCCAAAUGAUGUGUGCAGCCCAGCCCAUCAACAAUUGGCCAUUGAUGCUGCCCACCAAGGCAUUGUUCUGCUAAAAAAUCGUGGGCGCACUUUACCAUUCUCUGCUAAACGCUAUAAAACAAUAGCUAUCAUUGGUCCUAAUUCUAAUGUCACUGACACUAUGAUAGGAAACUAUGCUGGUAUUCCUUGUGGUUAUACCACACCGUUACAAGGAAUUGGAAAGUAUUCAAAAACCAUCUAUCAACAAGGUUGCAGUGAUGUUUCUUGUUAUGACAAUGAGCACUUUAGAGAUGCAGAGGCUGCAGCCCGGGAAGGCGAUGCAACAGUAUUAGUUAUGGGCCUAGAUCAAUCAAUUGAGGCAGAAUCUAGAGAUAGGUUCGACAUUCUCUUACCAGGACGCCAACAAGAGCUGAUUUCAAGAGUGGCUACAGCCUCAAAAGGCCCAAUCAUUCUAGUUUUGAUGUCUGGUGGCCCUAUUGAUAUUUCAUUUGCAAAGAGUAAUCCUCGCAUAGGUGCCAUCCUUUGGGCUGGAUACCCAAGACAAGCUGGGGGAGCUGCCAUUGCCGAUAUUCUAUUUGGUACUAAGAAUCCAGGAGGAAAGCUUCCAAUGACAUGGUACCCCCAAAAGUACUUAGCUAAGGUGCCAAUGACAAUCAUGGACCUUAGACCAAACAAAAAAACAGGAUACCCAGGAAGAACUUAUCGCUUCUACAAAGGCCCAGUUGUUUAUCCUUUUGGCCACGGUCUUAGCUACACCAAGUUCUCCCAUAGGGUAGUGAAAGCUCCCACACUCGUCUCUGUUCCAAUUUUCAACUCACGUGGCUUGAAAAACUCAAAGAUAUCAAGAAAUCAUGUUAGAGUUUCUCAUACAAAUUGUAAUUCACUUGUCUUGGGAGUCCAUAUUGAUGUCGAGAAUACUGGGCUCGUGGAUGGGACUCACACCAUACUCCUUUACUCAAUCCCACCUACUGGAAAAUUGGCUACCCAAAAGCAACUAGUGGGAUUUCGAAAAGUACACUUGGCUGCUGGAUCACGACAACAAGUCAGAGUUGAUAUCCAUGUUUGCAAGCACCUAAGUGUUGUGGACCAAUUUGGGGUUCGAAAGAUUCCAAUGGGCCAACAUACACUUUAUAUUGAUGAUGAUGUCAACUACUCCAUUUCCUUCCAACCAAAAUUAGGAGAACUCAAGUCUUAGAAUUUUUCUUCUGUAUUUUAAGUUUGUUAUAUUUUUAUGCUCAUGAAAGGGGCAAGAAAGAUAUUGAAUGCAUGUUAAUUACAAUUGGGGUGUUGAA